AAAUUCCCAAAGAAUGACCCUAUAAAAACCAAAAAAAAAACACAUUCCCCUUCUCAUUCCCACCUAGAAUAUUCAAGAAAUACCCCCAAAAAAAAAAAAAAAAAAAAAAACAACAACAAAUAUCAAAACUCACCUCUAUUCAAUCCAUCCACCUAUCCAAAAAAAAAAAAAAAAAAAAAUGUUGGCCAUUUUCCACGAAGCUUUUGCUCACCCACCAGAGGAACUCAAUAGCCCUGCCUCCUACAAUGGCUCAAAGAGGCCAAAACUCCCACAAGAGACUCUCCAAGAGUUCCUCUCUCACCACCCUCACAACACUUUCUCCAUGAGUUUUGGCCAGUCCGCUGUUCUUGCCUAUGUUCGACCCGACAAUCCUUUUUCCAAACAUCAAAGGUUGUUCUGUGGAUUUGAGGACACAUAUUGCCUCUUCUUGGGGACGUUGAACAACUUGUGUUUACUCAAUAAACAAUAUGGUCUUACAAAGGGCACAAACGAGGCCAUGUUUGUCAUAGAGGCAUAUCGGACCCUCCGCGACCGUGGUCCGUACCCGGCCGACCAAGUGAUCAAAGGUCUUGAAGGAAGCUUUGCCUUUGUUGUGUAUGAUAGCAAGGCUGGUUCAGUCUUUGCUGCUUUGGGCUCCGAUGGUGGGGUGAAACUGUAUUGGGGUAUUGCUGCUGAUGGCUCUGUGGUAAUUUCUGAUGAUUUGGAGGUUAUUAAAGAAGGCUGUGCUAAAUCCUUUGCGCCUUUUCCUACAGGUUUUAUGUUCCAUAGUGAAGGAGGACUGAUGAGCUUUGAGCAUCCAAUGAAUAAAGUGAAGGCCAUGCCUAGGAUUGAUAGUGAAGGGGCUAUGUGCGGAGCCAACUUCAACGUUGAUAAGUACACUAGAGUCAACAGCAUUCCCCGCGUCGGAAGCGAAACCAACUGGGCAGAGUGGGCCUCACAUUAGAUUAGGGCAUCUCUGAUAAUGCUACGAGACACCGGUAGCGCAGAAAGUCAAUCUCGCAGUGUGAGGCUCACGAAUAGAAUCCACUUUGUGACGGUGGUUUGCCAAGCAUAUUCUUCCAAUGGUCUUAAUAACUUGUGUUAUAUGUAAUCCUUUAAUUGGGACUUCUUUUACCCUUUUACAAGCUUGUGUUGUAUUCUCUUUCUUUGUUUUAACGAUAAUCAGAUGUAAUUGCACUUCAAAUCAUACUUUUUUUU